UCAAAUCCCUCUAUAUUUUCUCCAUUUCAAUCUCCUCCAUUUUCCAACCCACCAUUUUUCAGAAAACCGCCAAAAAAUGUUCUCUCUACAACCUGAAGGACCAGAUGCCGACGACGGCGUCGUCUAUGUUCUCCGCCUACGCCUCCAUCGCCACAUUCAUGAUGCUCUUCCGCUCUGUCGCCAGUGAGCUCAUCCCCGCCCCCUUCUGCUCCUACAUCUACAAAGCCCUAAACUACCUUUUUGCACCUGUCUUCUCCCGCGACCUCACUCUCGUCGUCGAUGAGCUCUCCGGCAUGACCCGCAACCAAGUCUUCGACGCUGCCGAACUCUACCUCCAGACGAAGAUCGGCACCCACACCGAGCGCCUUUGUAUCAGCAAGGCUCCCCGGAAGAAGAACAUCGGCGUCGCCAUUGACAAGGACGAGGAAGUCUCUGACACUUUCGACGGCGCCGUCAAGCUCAAGUGGCAGUUUAUCACGGAGACCAAGAAGGGGGAAUGACAGGACAUUCGAAUGCGGUAUUUUGAGCUGUCGUUUCACAUGAAACACAUGGACAAAGUGAUUUCCUCAUACCUGCCUUAUGUUCUCACUCAGGCUGACGCCAUUAAAGCAGCGGAGAAGGUGUUGAAGCUCUACACCCGCCACAUCUGGUCGAGAUACAACGACGAUGACGUGGCGAAUUCUGAAUGGGGGUCGGAGAACUUGGAGCACUCGUCGACGUUCGACACGAUGGCGAUGGACCCGAAGAUGAAGAAAAUGAUUGUGGAGGAUUUGGAGAGGUUUGUGUGGAGAAAGAAGUUCUAUAAGGUGGGGAAAGCUUGGAAAAGGAGCUACUUGCUGUACGGGCAGCCGGGGACCGGAAAAUCGAGCUUGAUCGCCGCCAUGGCUAACUACCUCAAGUUUAAUGUGUAUGAUUUGGAGCUCAUUAGUAUUUAUAGUGACUCUCAGUUGAAGAAGGUUUUGCUGUCCACUACCAAUCAUUCUAUUUUAGUCAUUGAGAACAUUGAUUGUUGCAGGGUGGUUGUUGGCAACCGGGGUUCAGAUUCGGAUUCGGAUUCUGAUUCCGAUUCUGAUCCCGAUUCGGACAGGAGCCGGGUUACACUAUCAGGCCUACUGAACUUCAUAGAUGGGUUGUGGUCAAGUUGUGGAGAUGAGAGGAUCAUUGUGUUCACCACCAACCACAAGGAUCGAUUAGACCUGGCAUUGCUGCGUCCAGGUCGAAUGGGCCUGCAUAUUCACAUGUCCUACUGCUCCACAGCUGGGUUCAGGACCUUGGCCUCUAACUACCUUGGCAUUCAAGACAACAACCGCCAUUGCUUCUGUGGAGAAAUUGAAGGGCUGAUUGACAGCACAGAGAUCACCCCAGCAGAGGUUGCUGAGGAGCUGAUGAAGAGUGAUGAUGCUGAUGUUACUCUUCAAGGACUUGUCAAUCUGCUCAAGGGUAAGAAGGCCAAAAGCAAGAAGAAGAAAACAUCGCUGCUGCAGGUCAAGAAGCAAUGUGGUCGCAGGAAAGGGAUCAAAAAGUUGCUGCACUUCCGUCUUCAAUGGUCUAAAAUUAUACAUACAAUUCGCUCUCGAUUUCUCAACUUCUUAAGACUCCACUUUGUAAGAAGAAGAUUACAACACAUGUUUUCUCUUAAUAAUCUUAAAGAAAUGCCCACCACGGCGUCGUCUCUGUUCUCAGCCUACGUCUCCGUCGCCGGAUCCAUGAUGCUGGUCCGCUCCAUGGCCAACGACCUCCUCCCGCCGCCCCUCCGCUCAUACAUUUCCUCCAAACUCGCUUACCUUUUCACCCCCCUCUCCUCCAUAACUCUCGUCAUCGAAGAGUACUCCGGCGCUGCCUGCAAUCAGGUCUACCAGGCUGCCGAGGUCUACCUUCCGACCAUCAACAUCAGCCCUUCUACCAAAAGCCUCCGUGUCCGAAAAACAAACCGGCAGAGGAGCAUCAGCUGCGCCAUGGACAAAAACCAGCAAGUCGCCGACACCUUCGAGAACGUCAAUCUAACAUGGCAGUACACGGUGACGGAGAAUAAAAAGUACGGGAAUACAUGUCAGUUCGAGCUCAGCUUCCACAGGAAGCACAGGGACAAAGUGAUAGGGUCCUACUUGCCGUACGUGCUUGCUAGGGCUGACGCCAUCAAAGAAGAGGAAAGGGCUGUUAAGCUUUACUCCAGUCAUUUGUGCUCCGAGUACGAUCGUUCGUACAGCAAGAGGAAAUGGGGUUCGGUGAAUCUGGAGCACCCGUCGACGUUCGACACGGUGGCGAUGGAACCGGAGAUGAAGAAGAUGAUUGUGGAGGAUUUGGACAGGUUUGUGAGGAGGAAGGAGUUUUAUAAGAAGGUUGGGAAGGCUUGGAAAAGGGGUUACUUGCUGUACGGUCCACCGGGAACGGGAAAAUCGAGCUUGAUCGCCGCCAUGGCUAAUUAUCUCAGGUUUGAUGUGUAUGAUUUGGAGCUCAGUGGCGUUCAGAACAACAGUGAUUUGAGGAAGUUGUUGUUGUCCACCACGAAUCGUUCGAUUUUGGUGAUUGAGGAUAUCGAUUGCACUGUGGAUUUGCAGAACCGGGAUAACUCGGCGGAUAAGUCUCAAGACCCUACACGUUCUACUUCUAACAAGUUGACGCUUUCGGGGCUACUGAAUUUCAUCGAUGGUUUGUGGUCGAGUUGUGGCGACGAGAGAAUUAUCGUGUUCACCACCAACCACAAGGAUCGGUUAGACCCUGCAUUGCUACGUCCGGGGCGAAUGGACGUGCACAUUCACAUGUCAUACUGCACUCCAAGUGGAUUCAAGGUCUUGGCCUCUAAUUACCUCGAUAUUCAUGAGGACAACCCUCAUAGUCUUUGCGGGGAAGUCGAAGAGUUGAUCAAGAGCACAGAGGUGACCCCUGCAGAGGUUGCUGAGGAGCUCAUGAAAAGCGACGAUGUUGAUGUUGCCCUUGGAGGACUUGUCAAUUUUCUCAAACGUAAGAGGAUCGAGAGCGAAAAAAGAAAGGAGGAGGAGGAGGAGGAGGCCAGAAAAGCGAAGAGGCUGAAGACGGAUCACAAUGCCAGUGAUGAAGGUGAAGCAGUAGAGUAAUAGCUGGUUCAACUUGGUUUCCAAAUUACUAAAAAGAUUCAAAGUACAACGACAUGCAGUGAACUUGAAGGUUGUUAAUUAGAUAUAGAGUUAGUAAUUGAGAACUACUUAAUUAAGCUAAUUAAUUGGGUUUGAUAUAUGCUUUUUGGUAUGCAGUUUGAAACUGGAAAUAGUAGUAAACGUGGUAAUUGGUUUAAUUGAACUUAAGUCAAUUUCUAGUCCUUUUCUUGUUGGGACUACCA